AUGGCUUUUGCAAUUGGCAUUCGCAACGUCCGGGCCAGGCUGAAUCAGGACAAGCUGCCAGAGGACAAUAAACUGGAAGAACCCCUUGGCGCCGUGAACCUCUCCGCAAGUCAGCUAGUAUGUAAGAAGGGUAGCACCAAGGAUAUCGACAAUCUGGAAGGGUUCAACACAGCCACACGGGAAGAAGAGCAGGUUGCUUCCAGCCUCAGAGCCAUGGGAUGCCCUGGUCAGGUGGCUGACCUCAAAAGGGAAGGCUCUAUAAGCAGAGGUCAAUGUCGGGCCGUGGAUGUGAUGCAGAUGAAAGGAACGGAUAGGAACCCAUCCGUCAUGCCGCCAGACCAGGUAGACCUCCCCAUGCCCUGUCCAGAAUCCUACCAUGGUCAAGUAGGGCUUUUCACACACAUCCAUACGUACGGAUUCAGUUGCAGCGCUUUCCUAAAGAAACAGUCUUCAACCAAUAAAGGACUGAAAAUAUAUAGGUAG